GCCACCCUCGCCCCGGACUGGCUCGGUGAGGAAACGUGUGGCUGAAAGUCCACAACCCGCCCUUGCCCCGCCCUCGGCGACUCUCAGCCCCACUGGGGACUGGCGGAGCCCGGCCCGCAGCCCGGGUCCAAAGCCCAGACACGACAGCCUCGCCGGCAUGGUCGCCCGUCCGGCGCCCUGCGGGCAAUGGGCUUCAGCGCUCCACCGCGCGCAUGCGCGACCCUCCUCCAGAGGAUUCUUCGGGUCACCUGGACGCCGGCGUCUCAACCACCUGCCUCUCCGGGUUCCUUGUUGCUCUUGAUGACAAGCGCUGUUUCUCACCUCCGACCCCCCUCCUUCCGCAGGCACCGCUAGGCCCAGUCGCGGCCGCCCACCGACACCCGACUCUUCCACUGACACGAGCCUCGGCGCGGCUUCCGCUUCCGGCGAGUAUUGUGUGUCGUGCUGCGGGGCGGGGGCGAGGGGAGGAGGAAGGAGGGAGGCAGAGCUCCGGCGGCUCCGCGCCCCGCACUCCCGGACCCGAAGCCGGGAAGAGACAUUAAAUAAUGGCAGAGACAAGUCUGUUAGAGGCCGGGGCCUCUGCAGCCUCCACAGCUGCGGCUCUGGAAAACUUACAGGUAGAGGCAAGCUGCUCUGUGUGCUUGGAGUAUCUGAAGGAGCCUGUCAUCAUUGAGUGUGGGCACAACUUCUGCAAAGCUUGCAUCACCCGCUGGUGGGAGGACCUAGAGAGAGACUUCCCUUGUCCUGUCUGUCGAAAGACAUCCCGCUACCGCAGUCUCCGGCCUAAUCGGCAACUGGGCAGUAUGGUAGAAAUUGCCAAGCAACUACAGGCUGUCAAGCGGAAGAUCCGGGAUGAGAGCCUAUGCCCCCAGCACCAUGAGGCCCUCAGCCUCUUUUGCUAUGAAGACCAGGAGGCUGUAUGUUUGAUAUGCGCAAUUUCCCACACCCACCGGGCCCACACUGUCGUGCCACUGGAUGACGCUACACAGGAGUACAAGGAAAAACUGCAGAAGUGCCUGGAGCCCCUGGAACAGAAGCUGCAGGAGAUCACCCGCUGCAAGUCAUCUGAGGAGAAAAAGCCUGGUGAGCUCAAGAGACUCGUGGAGAGUCGCCGACAGCAGAUCUUAAAGGAAUUUGAAGAGCUUCAUAGGCGGCUGGAUGAAGAGCAGCAGAUACUGCUUUCCCGACUGGAGGAAGAGGAACAGGACAUUCUACAGAGACUCCGAGAAAAUGCUGCUCACCUUGGGGACAAGCGCCGGGACCUGGCCCACUUGGCUGCUGAGGUGGAGGGCAAGUGCUUACAGUCAGGCUUCGAAAUGCUUAAGGAUGUCAAAACUACCCUGGAAAAAUGUGAGAAAGUGAAGACCAUGGAGGUGACUUCAGUAUCUAUAGAGCUGGAAAAGAACUUCAGCAAUUUCCCCCGACAGUACUUUGCCCUAAGGAAAAUACUUAAGCAGCUAAUUGUGGAUGUGACCCUGGACCCUGAAACCGCUCACCCUAACCUUGUCCUGUCGGAAGAUCGUAAGAGCGUCAAGUUCGUGGAGACAAGACUCCGGGAUCUCCCUGACACUCCACGGCGUUUCACCUUCUACCCUUGCGUCCUGGCUACUAAGGGUUUCACCUCAGGUCGACACUACUGGGAGGUGGAGGUGGGCGACAAGACCCACUGGGCAGUGGGCGUGUGCCGAGACUCUGUGAGCCGAAAGGGCGAGCUGACUCCACUCCCUGAGACUGGCUACUGGCGGGUGCGGCUGUGGAAUGGGGACAAAUAUGCAGCUACCACCACACCUUUUACCCCUUUACACAUCAAAGUGAAACCUAAGCGGGUGGGCAUAUUCCUAGACUAUGAGGCCGGCACACUGUCUUUUUACAACGUCACAGACCGCUCUCAUAUCUACACCUUCACUGAUACUUUUACUGAGAAACUUUGGCCCCUCUUCUACCCAGGCAUCCGGGCUGGUCGGAAGAAUGCUGCACCACUUACCAUCAGGCCCCCCACAGAUUGGGAGUGACAGGUUGGGACAUGGGAAUAACUGGGGUGAGGCAGGGUCAAGAGUUAUGGGCCUUCCUUCCUGUGUCCUGCUGGAAUGUCUUCAUGUCUGCCUGGUUCCAGUCCUGAAUCAUCUUGGAGAAACACCUUGGUUUCUAGGAUGGUUUUCGUGAAGGAGUAGAUAGGACUGGGCUUCAAUGAGAGAGCACAGCUGUGUCUCCCUCCUACCUGUCAGAGUGGGAGGCUGGCUCCCAGCAGAUUGUCUUCCCAGAAGCCCAUCAGGUUUUCUAUUGCACAAGGAUGGGUUGGGAAGGAAGGAGAGGCUUUUCUAGAAACAAAAACUCUGUGAGAGGGUCUGACUUGCUUCAACUGGAGGAGGAAACAGAAACCCCUGUGUAUCCUUUUAGGGGGUCUUUGACCCAGAAUAGUCUUGUUUCUUGAGUAAAAUCAUAGGGGUCUGUGUACCUCUAGAUUGGAGAAAGAUGAAUGACAGUUGCUCUCAUGGAUCUAGAAGUUGAGUUUUUCUGAGGGCAGAGAUUGGGCAACAAGAAGUUUAGAAGGAAGGUCAGUAAAGAGGAUUAAAGGAACAGAUUCCUAGAGACCGAUGAAGGGGAGGGAGGUUUCUUUGGUCUUCUGUCCCAAGGUUAGGUUGCCAUUAUGACUAGGAUUGGCUAGAGGUAGGAAUGUGGGAAGGAGAGGGUGAAAGAAAGCAGAGGAGAACCCAGGUCCCUGCCUCAGCCUUCUGCAGAACUGGCUGAUUAUCUGCCUCUAUAUAGUUGGUUGUCUCUAAGAAGUCAGUCACCUUGCUCCUCUUCAGAAAGGAGGUGAAAGAGAUCCUGCAAGACACAUCUGCCAUUUCACUGUUUUCAAAAGGGAGCUUGGAGAGGAGAGAGUCAGGUAUCAGAGGAAAGAGAAAUAUUUCUAUCCAAAGCCCUGGCCUUAAAGAAUGUUACUAAGUAUCUACUUCCAAGUUGUCAACCUUGUUAUCUGGCUAAGGUGUGUAAGCCAGAAAGGAAGAAAGGUAAUGGAACCUUUCUCACCCUGAGGACAGGGUAGAAGAGGGUGGUGUGUAUUAUAGGGAAGGGCCAGAUAGGCAACUCCUUUUGGCGUGUGUGCAUCUGGCCUGGAACUAGUGUUCACAAGAGCCAGCCUUUUGCUUGUUUGUUGCCAUCCUUCACCCUUGCCAUCCCCUUUUCGGAGAAUGUAAAUCAUUUUAACGUUAGGCCAAAUAACCUGUAGGGUACAUAUGUUGUCAAAAAAGGUAAAGCGAUGCAUGCCAAACCAAACUAAAAUGACUUGGAUUAUCUGCUGUUUGGGUAAUCUUCACAGAAGACUGAGACAAGAAACUACAGUUUUUUGAGGGCAUUUUAGUUCCUUCUACCACCUCAACAGGAUUUUGUCCAGACUCUCCACUUACCUUUGUGCCUUGACUGUGGUUCUUUGUGGCAAGAUACUUUGGUUGGUAAAAUGAUAUGGAACAAAGGAUCCACUGAAGUGA